UGAUCGGCAAGGAUCAUCAUCAUCAUGAGUGUCUCCUCUCUGCUCUCAGCUCUGCUGAUGCUGGCAUCCACAGCCACUGCCUCUCACUUCUACGGAGGCUCAAUGACCUUCAGCUCAAGAAACAAUCCUGAUGGAUCCUAUGAGGUGGACAUCCGCUUCAAGGAGGCCUUUCAUGGCUGUGAUCCAUAUGAUUACUGGAGUUGCAGGUCUGGAAACUGUGGCAGUACAAGUUAUGUGAGUGGUCGUGUAGACAGCAGCUCCAAUGGUGGCAGCUGGUGUCAGACUGAGGGAGUCAUGAAGAGAACCGUCCCAAACAACAGCCCGUUUCAGCUGCACCAAAGUAGUUGCUGCUGGGUCUACAACACAGUCUCAUAUUCUGGAAACUGGCAACUUCUAACACAAAUUGACCUUGGAGUGAGAUCUGACACCUCUCAGCCCAACAGAUCUCCAGUCGCCACCACACUUCCCAUUGUCAGAGUCCCUCAGAACUGCCAGAGGAACUACAAUCUGUUGUCCUGCGAUCCAGAUCAUGAUCAGGUCAGGUGUAGAUAUGGAGUUUUGUCUGGAAAUGAGUGUGGAAUGUGCAACCAACCUACCGGAUUCACUCUGAACCAGAACACAUGUACUCUGUCAUAUGGCAACUCUUCAGGACUUGGUGUUUAUGCAUUUGAGUUGGUGAUGGAAGACUAUCCCACCCAGAACAUCACUCUAAGCUACACUGCCAUGGCCGCAGCGGUCAGAAGCCCGUUUGUCAAUGGAUACUCCAAUCCACCACUGAGCAAAAUACCUCUCCAGUUCGCUUUAGAAGUGGAGGCUCCGGCACCAUCUUGCACUGAGGGUGAAUAUCUACCUCGGUUCAUCCACCCAACACCUCAUCACGGAGAACACCUACAGGCUCGUGUCAAUCAAGAGCUAGAGAUCAGAGUAAAAGCUACGGCAACCUACUCAAGCAUCACUGAUGUGGUCUUUAGUGGACCUCUGAACAGCACAAAGGAGACCACCACCACGGGAGAGUAUGUGAUCAACUGGACACCAACAUCAGAUAAUUUUGGCCAGCACUUUCCAAUUUGCUUCAUUGCUGAGGGCCAAGAUGGGUCUAGGAACUAUCAGUCUGAGAUGAGGUGUGUUAUUGUCGUGGUCGAGGCUGAAGGUCCAAGAGCACAAGUGACUUGCUCUAGAGACACAAUGUCGGUGUCAAUAGAAAGAGCCACUAUUUCAGGGAUCCAUGGAGAUCACUUGCGGCUGAACUACAAUGCUUCGUGUUUAGUUUCUUCCAAUAGCACGCAUGUGUUUACAACUUUCUCUCUUACCGGAUGCGGUACUCAAAUCGAAGAGACUGAGGAACAUCUCCUCUUCAAGAACACAAUUGUUACUUUCGAUGAUCCAAACCAUAUCAUAACCAGGAAAAAUGAGAUUGGAAUUGAAGUCAUGUGCAAGUACCAAAAAAAGAGCAGCAUCACCACGAUGUUUGAUGCUCACAGGCAAGCUGUCAACUUCACCGAGAGAGGCUUCGGCUCAUUCAGCUAUCAGUUUGAGUUUUAUCAGACUAGCAGUUUCAGAAACAUGAGAAUGCCCAACACCUACCCACUGGAGUACAACGUGGGACAGGCGAUCUACAUGGAGAUCGAACCUGUCAAUUUAGUGCAAAACACUGAGGUCUUCCUUGAGUCCUGUGUAGCUACACCCUAUGAUAAUCCCAAUUACCCCAUCUCUUAUCCCAUCAUCACAAAUGGAUGCGGGGUUGAUGAAACCGUUAACAUCUACACAAGUCACGAGCCCAAUGUCAAGUUCAGUAUGGAGGCCUUCAAGUUUAUUGGACAACAUGACCAGGUGUUCAUCAGCUGCUCCAUUAUCAUAUGUCAAGCCAACAAUCCCUACACGCGCUGUGCUCAGGGCUGCACCAACGGCACGGCCAUUGCACCAUCCUCGCACGUUCACAAAAGAGAAGCUGCCAUCCAGACCGGAAGUCACUUCAUCUCCCAGGGACCCCUGCGGCUGAAGAGGAGCGCAUCACUCACUGAGGCCAUCAGUCCAAGCUUGAACCUGAACCUUGUUUUGGUCGCUGGAUGUGUCGUAGCAGUAGUUGCCAUGGUGUGUGGAAUGAUGCUCUACAAAUCUAGGGGAUCAAAGAUCAACUACCAACUUUUGAAAACUGAUAUUUGAUUGGAUCAGUUCGAUCUACGAUCAAGUGCUGGCAACUAGUUAAUCAACAUAUUUUGGAGAAGUGUAUUUCUGUGGUUUCAGCAAAAGAUUUUUUUGUUUGUUUUGGUAAUAUUAUAACAAAAGCAUCUGUUUUGUCUGCAUGACUGUAACUUCAAG